AUGAGUACGAUCAAGACUCUAGCUGUCAGAACUGCCAGGGUCACAAUUUCUCCUCCGCCCUCAUCUGUACUUCAUACCACAGCGAUUUUGGAAAAGCUUUCCACAGGUCGCGAGGUAGUAAGCUUCACCAAAGAAAAUGUCACAGCGUCCCGCGCCCAAUAUGAGCUUCGCUACACGCCUCACGAAAAUGCGUCGAUAGAGGAAGGAGACUCAGACAUAGAGUACAUCCCUCCGCGACCUGAUCCGGAGAAUUUGGACUUCUACAAUGUAUUCGGCUAUCGAGAUCGCUACUACCCCGACAAAAAGUCAUUCAGAUGUAACAUAUCGAAGGUAGACGGCAACGACCUUGAACGAGGCAAGCACGGCCCGUCACGAUUGAAGCGCCACCCAGCCACUGAAGCUUUAUAUGAAGACCUGUAUUGGAGCAAUGUGCCUGCCAUCUUGAGGAAGGGGCUCUCUUGGCGACCCAGCACGCCACAACACGACGCAGCUACAGACGCCGUUCGGCCAGCGCUCGAAGUCAGGCAGCCCCUUCGUCUCAUGGAGCUUUACAGAGCACAUGCACGGCAAGAGGUGCCCAUUACUGGUCCGACUUCCGCCGAGCCUAGUCUCAAGGACACACAGUCCACUGUCGUAGACACAACCCGCGCGCAUCCAGACGUUGGCCAGGAGGAGGCACUAGGACCCAAGCGUAGAAAGUCUAGACGCAGAACUCAACGCACUGACGAUGUACUGCCAGACUGGUUCGCAGAACGAGCUGUGAAAGGACGGCACGAAAGGCAGGCCGACGAGAAGAAGAUCGGUGAUUGA